UAAUAUUAUUUGGUGGUUAAAGUUUGUUUUAAUUCGUUGCAUGUCGAGAAAAAUCUUGAAGAACUCAACAUUUUUUAUAUUCUGUGAUUUGAAAUCAGUGUUAGUGAACUGGGUUUCUUACUCGAUUUUUUUUUGUUUCAGUUUGUCAUUUUUUUUAACUAAAAGGUGAAUGAUAUUUUCUGUUUCAAUAAGUUAUUUCAGCUUGUUCUUCUCUCUUAGCAGCAUUUCUCAUUAGCAAAAUGUAUCGUUUUGUAGCAAAUCUUGCUUCCAAAGCCAGAGUGGCAAGAACCAACACCCAACAAAUUGGUGGAAGGUUAAAUUGGAGUAGAAGUUAUGCUGCAAAGGAUAUUAGAUUUGGUGUUGAAGCUCAAGCUGCAAUGCUUAAAGGUAUUGAAGAACUUGCUGAUGUUGUUAAAGUCACUAUGGGUCCAAAGGUGAAUUUUUUAUCAACCCCAUUAGUCAAUACACUCUGUUUGUUACAUAGAUUGUUUAUAUAUUUAUAUGUAAACAAUUCAACCCCAUUAGUGAAUACACACUGUUUGUUACAUAGAUUGUUCAUAUAUUUAUAUGUAAACAAUGUUUAGUAUAAAAUAUUGUGACUUAUAGUACUUGAAAUGUUACUGCAUCUUUAGAAGCUGAAAUAAGUGUCAGGUUGCUGAUUGUUUUUUAGGCAAGCAACUGCUAUAGUGGAGACAUAUUUUGUGUCUUAAUUUGCUAUUUGAUUAACUGCUACUACAUUUG